AUGUCUAGCCUCACCACGGCCACCAGCAGCAUGGAGGAGCAGUACUACUCCGUGUCCGCGGAGGAGGUCGGCACGCACCUGUCCCUCGGGAUCGGCAGCGGCGGCGGAGCUAACAGCCUGCGGCUAGCGCCGCCGACCGCCGCGGACGGUGCAGCUGUUCGGCGAGCGGCGCCAGCAAGUAGGAAGAAGAAGAAGAGAGACACCGCCGUCGCCGGUGGCGCCACUGCCGCCGCUGCUGAUAGGCAUCAGAGCAAGAAGGCCAAGACGACGUGCGGCGAUGGUGGCGGCGGCGGGAGGAAGAAGCUCCGGCUCACCGCCGCGCAGGCCACCAUGCUCGAGGACAGCUUCCGCGCCCACAACAUCCUCUCUCACGGGGAGAAGCAGGAGCUGGCGCGGCGGGUGGGGCUGAGCGCGCGGCAGGUGGAGGUGUGGUUCCAGAACCGGAGGGCGCGGACCAAGCUCAAGCAGACGGAGGUCGACUGCGACCUGCUCCGCCGCUGGUGCGACCGCCUCACCGACGACAACGCCCGCCUCAGGCGAGACCUCGCCGACCUCCGCCGGGCGGCGGCUUCGUCCACGAGCCUGGGCGCCGCCGUCUGUGCCUCAUGCGGAGGGCACCGACAAGCAGCAGCCGUGGUCACCGCCGCCGGCAACAUGCUGGCGUAG